AGAGCACUCCACAGUCUCUCGUUUCUCCAACAUCGUCUCUAUUUCUCUCUCUAAAAGAGAGAGUUUUAGAGAGAGAAAUCCAAAUGCUUCUCUCUAUGCUUCUCCUUCUUCUCCUCCGUUCAUCGGUUGUAGCUCCGGCGACGGAGCUCGGCCUGGAGGCGGAGGCGUUAAUGGCUAUCAAAGCAGCGGUGUCCGACCCCGGCGGUGCUCUCUCAUCAUGGGACGCCGCCGUGGACCACUGUGGCUGGGUUGGCGUUCACUGUGACGCCGCUCGCCGCGUCACGUUGUUAGAUAUCUCAUCCAUGAAUCUCACCGGCGUUCUCUCGCCGGAAGUUGGUCAUCUCCGUGGGCUCCUCCACCUCACCGCUGCUGUGAACUCCUUCUCCGGCCCCAUCCCUGUUACCCUCUCUCGUGUAUCCAAUCUCCGAACCCUAAAUCUCUCGAAUAACAUCUUCAAUGGAUCCUUCCCUUCUCCUCUUUCUCGGUUGAAGAACCUCCGGAUCUUGGACCUCUACAACAAUAACAUGUCCGGUCCGCUGCCGGUUGAGGUGGCGGAGCUCCGGAACCUCCAUCAUCUCCAUCUCGGCGGUAACUUCUUCUCCGGCGAGAUCCCUCGGGUGUAUGGAAGCUGGGAGUUCAUUGAAUAUCUCGCAGUGUCUGGGAACUCUCUCACUGGUUUUAUCCCGGCUGAGCUCGGGAAUCUCCGGAAACUCCAGCAGCUUUACGUCGGCUACUUUAAUAGCUACUCCGGCGGGAUCCCACCGGAGAUUGGGAACCUGUCGGAACUCGUCCGGCUUGAUAUGGCGAACUGUGGUCUCUCUGGUGAGAUCCCGCCGGAGAUUGGUAUACUGGAAAACCUAGAUACGCUUUUCCUGCAGGUGAAUGGGCUCUCCGGUGAGAUCACGCCGGAGUUGGGGAAGCUCCGGAGUCUCAAAUCGAUGGACAUCUCUAACAACGCCCUCACUGGAGAGAUACCACCGAGUCUCGCUGAGCUUAAGAACUUGACACUUCUUAAUCUCUUCAGGAACAAGCUCCACGGCGCGAUACCGGAGUUCAUCGGAGCGUUGCCGCAGCUGGAGGUGCUCCAACUCUGGGAGAACAACUUCACGGGGAGCAUCCCGAGGAGCUUGGGGACGAGCGGGAGUCUCCAGCUGCUUGACGUCUCGUCUAACAAGCUCACUGGGAGUCUCCCGCCGGAGCUCUGUUCCGGCAACAAGCUUCACACGCUCAUCGCUUUGGGGAACUUCCUCUUCGGCCCGAUCCCUGACACCCUCGGCGGUUGCCAAUCACUCACUCGCAUUCGAAUGGGCGAGAACUACCUUAAUGGAUCGAUUCCCGCCGGGCUUUUCAGCCUCCCCAUUCUCGCCCAGAUCGAGCUCCAAGACAACCUCCUCACCGGCGCGUUCCCGGAAACCGGGAAAUCCACCAUCUCGCCGAACCUGGGUCAGAUCAGCCUAUCCAACAACCGCCUCUCUGGCCCUCUCCCACCAACCAUAGGGAACUACUCCGGCGUCCAAAAGCUUCUCCUCAACCAAAACCUCUUCUCCGGCGAAAUCCCACCAGAGAUCGGCCGCCUUCAACAGCUCUCCAAGCUCGACUUCAGUGGCAACCGUUUCUCCGGCCUUAUCACCCCGGCGAUCAGCCAAUGCAAGCUUCUAACCUUCGUCGACCUCAGCCGCAACAAUCUCAGUGGCCAAAUCCCAUCAGAGAUCACCGGAAUGCGUAUCCUAAACUACCUCAAUCUCUCCCGCAACGCUCUCGACGGCACCAUCCCUCCAUCCAUCGCCGCCAUGCAAAGCCUCACGGCCGUCGACUUCUCUUACAACAACCUCUCCGGCCUCGUCCCCGGCACCGGCCAGUUCAGCUACUUCAAUUCCACGUCCUUCGUCGGCAACCCCAACCUAUGUGGUCCUUACCUCAACCCAUGCAUUUCAUCAAACACCUCACGCUCAUCCCACUCUCACGGCCCCCUCUCCGCCUCUCUCAAACUCCUCCUCGUCCUCGGCCUCCUCCUCUGCUCCAUAGCCUUCGCCAUCGCCGCCAUCAUCAAAGCUCGGUCUCUUAAGAAAGCCAGUGAAGCUCGUGCAUGGAAGCUCACUGCUUUCCAGCGCCUUGACUUCUCCUGCGACGACGUCCUUAACUGCUUGAAAGAAGAAAACAUCAUCGGCAAGGGAGGCGCAGGCAUUGUCUACAAGAGUGUGAUGCCCAACGGUGAUCAGGUGGCCGUCAAGCGUCUUCCGGCCAUGAGCCGUGGCUCCUCACAUGACCAUGGCUUCUCCGCCGAGAUUCAAACACUUGGAAGGAUUCGUCACAGACACAUUGUUAGGCUUCUUGGCUUCUGCUCCAACCAUGAGACCAAUCUCUUGGUUUAUGAGUACAUGCCCAAUGGAAGUCUUGGGGAGGUCCUUCAUGGCAAGAAAGGUGGUCAUUUGCAUUGGGACACUCGGUAUAAGAUCGCAGUUGAGGCUGCCAAGGGCCUUUGCUAUCUCCACCAUGACUGCUCGCCUUUGAUCCUCCACCGUGAUGUUAAAUCUAAUAACAUUCUUCUUGAUUCCAACUUCGAAGCUCAUGUUGCUGAUUUCGGUCUCGCCAAGUUCUUGCAGGACUCCGGCACUUCCGAAUGCAUGUCUGCCAUUGCCGGUUCUUAUGGCUACAUUGCUCCUGAGUAUGCAUACACAUUGAAGGUGGAUGAAAAGAGUGAUGUGUAUAGCUUCGGAGUUGUGUUACUAGAGUUAGUAAGCGGGAGAAAGCCCGUCGGGGAAUUUGGGGAUGGAGUAGACAUAGUGCAAUGGGUUCGCAAAAUGACCGAUUCAAACAAAGAAGGCGUGCUCAAAAUCCUCGACCCGAGACUCCCGACGGUUCCUCUACACGAAGCAAUGCACAUCUUCUCCAUUGCCAUGCUCUGUGUCGAAGAACAAAGCGUCGCCCGUCCGACAAUGCGAGAAGUAGUUCAAAUGCUCACUGAGCUCCCAAAGCCUUCUGCUUCAAAGCAAGAAGAUCAUGAAGAUGAUGACUCUAUUGAAAACCCCGGUGAAAUACCACCUCCUGAUCUCCUUAGCAUUUGAUGCAAACUAGAUAAUAUAUCACUCUAAUUUUGGUCCCUAUCUUGAGCAGCAGUUGCUAUUUCUAGUAGCAGCACUAGUAGCAUUAGUUUUUUUUUUAGUGGUCCAGUCCUGGUUGGAUUCCUGUACAGCAGAAAUGGGUUUAUGUUUGUUGGUGUUUGUUUGGUUGUUUGGUUUCUUCUUUCUUUAGUUAGUUGCACAUGCUGCUGCUGGUCUUCUGGAGUGUGUAUUUACAAGUAGAACAACAAGGUGGGGUUCAUCUUUGCUUC